AGGAAAAAAGAAAGGCGACAAAAAUGGUCAAACCUAUACUUGACUUUUUAACUGCAUUGUGCUUUAUAGUGGCCAUUGAUUGUGCAUAUGUCAUUAACGUUCGUAAAAAUGAGCUUGUUCGCAAUGAGACCAGUAAUGACCUUCAUGGAAAGAUAUACCAUAUACCAUUACUUUUGGACAAUAAAGACAACUGUCAUCUUCAGCAAUUGACUACAGACAAACUUCUUCAAUUAAUUUGGUAUGGUGGUGCCAUUGAGGAGCCUUGUUAUGUCACAAUACAGCCUCUGAGUAAAUACGAUUCAUAUACACCGUUCUGUAUGGAGAUACAAGCAAAGAAUAUUCCAUGUGAGGGAAACCGUCCUUUGAUAACGUAUAAGAGCAAAUUGGACAAUUACCGGUUUCUUGAAGGGACUAUUCCAUGCAAAGCUAACAUUGAACAAGAGCGAUGCUUUACAAAGAAAACAUCGUUGACCGUCAUCUUUUCAUCCAUGGCCCCAAAACCCGCGACUUCGUCACUUUCAGUCCGAUUCUACACACAUAGGACUAAUACAGUAGAUAAUAAUGCGUGCAGCUAUGGAUGGAAAGUAUUUGGAAGUCACUGUUAUUACUUUGGAAGAGAUCAAAAGAAUUGGAUCGGCGCAAAGGAGUUUUGUGAAGAAAAUGAUAGCGUUCUUUCAAGAAUUGACACACCCGAAGAAAACGAAUGGCUUUAUAACCAUCAAGAAAAUGAUGAUAUGUGGACUGGAGGAAUAAGAAGCUUCUAUGGCGAUUUUAUAUGGUAUGAUAAUAGAGAGGACAUGAUGUAUACAAACUGGAAUUUCAUGGAACCUAGCAAUACCUAUAACAAUGAAGAUUGCAUGCUGUUACUCGUUACAAACAGCGGGAAAUGGAAUGACGUGAAGUGUUCGACCGAAGCUGAAUUUAUCUGCGAAAAAAGUAUUUCGGACAAAAAAUAGUAUUCCUAUUGCGUUUAUUUCAAUGUUUUAUUGUAUUAAUCUUAAAUAGUAAAAUCAAUAUGUUAUUACAAUUAUUAUUCAUUUGGGGAAAAAAAAAAUUCAACAUUGCAUUUGGUUCUGAAAUUGUGUAUGUUAUGAACCAUGUGACUGACAUAAUGUACUGUCUUG